GAUUUCCCUCCUUCAGUCCUCAUCUACUUUCAUCUCUUUCUCGCCUUUCCUUCACUUGACUCCUCUUCUCGCGUAUUUCAAUUUUCCUUUCCAUGUCUAUAUUUUAUUUGCCCUCGAUUGAUGUCAUUCAUCUCUCCUUCAAUCCUCCACUCGUACACGUCUCGCCUCCUCUCUCCUCGUCCCCCUGGCCGGGCACACGUUCCCUUUCCCCAUCCAUCCGCGCCCCGAAGGCAAACCGUGCUCCUCGGCAGCCCGCCCGGAUGCGCGCAGUGUAGAGAGAAAAAGAGAGAGAGUGAGAGAGAGGGAGAAAGGGGGGGAGAGAGAGAGGCAGCAGGCACGGAGCGGCAGUACCGGGAUCAGCUCUCUCUCCUACUUUUAUUCUAACACCAGAUGCUUACCGCCUCGAGUGGCCGGUACGAGGACACGAGGGCAACUGAAUCCCCCAUUACUCCAUACGUUUGGUUAGGCGUGCCAGUGAGUAGCUCCAAGUAGAUCAAGAGUUGAAGAAGGAGCAUCCUAGUCUAUUGGUGAGCUAAUUGGCUCUAGGCAUCAUCUCACCCCUCCCACCGGCCUAAUCCUCUACCUUCCCCUUUCCAUCCCACUUCUCGUGGGAACCACACACAGCCGGACAUGUCUCUCCUGGCCUCCCCCGCCCCCUGCCUCCUCCUCCUCAUCCUCCUCCUCCUCCAUCCACUGCCUCCCUGCCAGCCGGAGUCCCAGCGCAGCAACCCCAGCAGCGACCCCAGCAGCGACCCCGGCAACGACCCUGUGACCCUGGGGGCCACGUCCUCCAUGUUCCCCUCAUUCCUGCCGUCGGCGUCCUACAGCAACGGCACCGCGCCUGGCAAAAAGGAUAAGUGCACCGAAGAGACGGUGUGCUUGCCCGGCAUCCUUCUCCCCGUCUGGGAGCCCAACAAGCCCAGACUUGGCGAGCAAGUGGCCAGAGCGGUGGUCUACUUUGCUUCGCUCAUGUACAUGUUCCUGGGAGUGUCCAUAGUAGCGGACCGCUUCAUGGCGUCCAUUGAGGUCAUCACGUCCCAGGAGAAGGAAGUGACCAUCACCAUGCCCAACGGGGAAACCUCGGUGGCAACGGUUCGAAUCUGGAACGAAACGGUGUCCAAUCUGACCCUCAUGGCUCUCGGCUCCAGUGCGCCGGAGAUACUGCUGUCGGUUAUAGAGGUGUGCGGUCACGGCUUUGAGGCCGGUCAGCUGGGCCCAGGGACCAUCGUCGGCAGCGCUGCCUUCAACAUGUUUGUGAUCAUCGGAAUCUGCGUGUGGACGAUUCCUGUGGGCGAGACCCGCAAGAUCAAGCACCUCAGGGUGUUCUUCAUCACCGCCUUCUGGAGCAUCUUCGCCUACAUCUGGCUCUUCCUCAUCCUGUCGGUCAUGUCACCGGGCAUCGUAGAGGUGUGGGAGGCUCUGGUCACCCUGCUCUUCUUCCCAGUGUGUGUCCUCCUGGCCUGGAUCGCCGACCGCCGCCUGCUCUUCUACAAGUACAUGGGCAAGCGCUACCGCGCCGACAAGCGCCACGGCAUCGUCGUGGAGACCGAAGGAGACCUGACGCCCACCAAGGGCGACGUGGAGAUGAUCAUGGAUGGCAAGUUCGGUGGGGGCACCGUGGUGCCUGGCGAAAUCUGCGGGGUCGGGACCCAGGACGGUACGGCGGGCGCCGUGUCCAAUAACCUGCCCAAAUCCAACAGCGCGAUGGUCAACGUGGAGAGCAACAAGGAGCUGGACGAGAGCCGCAAAGAGGUGAUUCGUAUCCUGAAGGAGCUGAAGCAGAAAUAUCCGGACAAAGAGCUGGACCAGCUGAUGGAGCUGGCUAACUACUACGCUCUGCUGCACCAACAGAAGAGCAGGGCCUUCUACCGCAUACAGGCGACCCGCAUGAUGAUCGGAGCCGGUAACGUCCUGAAGAGGCACGCGGCCGACAACGCCCGGCGCACCGCCGUGGCGGACGAGGAGGCGCCGGAGGUGCAGGACUCGGGAGAGUGCAGCCGCAUCUCCUUCCAAAGCUCCCACAGCCAGUGCAUGGAGAACUGCGGCGUUCUGACGCUGGCUGUCGUCUGCCAGGGCGGCCUGGGAGAGAACACUUUCUACGUGGACUACAGGACGGAGGAUGGCUCGGCCAACGCUGGGUCCGAUUACGAGUACAGCGAAGGAACGCUGGUGUUCAAGCCCGGAGAGACCCGCCGAGAGAUUAAGGUCGGCAUCAUCGACGACGACAUAUUCGAAGAGGACGAGCACUUCUUUGUGCGCCUGCUAAAUCUGCGCGUUGGCGACGCCGAGGGGAUGUUCGAGAGCGACGAAGCGGACGCCGGCCCCAAAGGUCGCCUGGUCGAGCCCCUGGUCGCCAUGGUGACCAUCCUGGACGACGACCACGCCGGCAUCUUCACGUUCAGGGAGCGCAUGGUGCGGGUGAGCGAGAGCGUGGGCACCAUGGAGGUGACGGUGGUGCGCAACUCCGGCGCGCGCGGCACGGUCAUCCUGCCGUACCACAGCGAAUCGGGCACCGCCAAGUCUGGGGAGGACUACGAGGAGGCCCGCGGAGAGCUGGAGUUCACCAACGACCAGACCACUCAGACAUUCCAGGUCAGGAUAAUUGACGACGAAGAAUACGAAAAACAUGAAAACUUCUUCAUUGUGUUGGAGGAACCACGCUGGCUUAAGAGAGGAAUCUCAGCUCUGCUGCUCAGCCAAGAGGGGGCGGAGGGGCAGAUGAGCUCCGAGGAGGAGGAGGCCCGCAGGAUAGCUGAGAUGGGGAAGCCCAUCCUGGGAGAGCACAGCCGCCUGGAAGUGGUCAUCGAGGAGUCGUAUGAGUUCAAGAGCACCGUGGACAAGCUCAUUAAGAAGACCAACUUGGCGCUGGUGAUCGGCACGCACUCCUGGAGGGAGCAGUUUGUAGAGGCCGUCACCGUCAGUGCAGGUGAUGGCGACGACGACGAGGACCGCCGCGAGGAACACCUGCCGUCCUGCUACGACUACGUCAUGCAUUUCGUCACCGUCUUCUGGAAGGUCCUGUUCGCCUGCGUCCCACCCACCGAGUACUGGAAUGGCUGGGCCUGCUUCUUGGUCUCCAUCAGCGCCAUCGGCCUCCUCACCGCCGUCAUCGGGGACCUGGCGUCGCACUUCGGCUGCACCGUCGGGCUGAAGGACAGCGUGACCGCCGUGGUGUUUGUGGCGCUGGGAACCUCCAUCCCAGACACCUUUGCCAGCAAAGUAGCUGCCAUGCAGGACCAGCACGCCGACGCGUCCAUCGGUAACGUCACCGGCAGCAACGCUGUCAACGUGUUCCUGGGCAUCGGCGUGGCGUGGUCGGUGGCUGCCAUCUACUGGUGGGCCUUGGGGAAGGAGUUCGAGGUGGACCCCGGCUCGCUGGCCUUCUCCGUCACGCUCUUCACCAUUUUCGCUUUCAUCUGCAUGGGCGUGCUGAUGUUCAGGCGCCGGCCGUCCAUCGGCGGCGAGCUUGGCGGCCCGAGGAGGGAGCGCGUGGUCACCAGCCUGCUGUUCCUGGGCCUGUGGUUCCUCUACAUCCUCUUCUCCAGCCUGGAAGCCUACUGCCACAUCACUGGCUUUUAAAGAAAAACAGGGGAAUGUUUAAGCAAGAACAUUGCACCCCAACACACACAUAUACUUCAACACUAAGCGGCACACAUGAAACAAGCAGUUAUAAAGGGGUUACUGCGCUUUGACGCAGGAAUACUAAGAUACUACAUGUUCAUACACACACUAUAUGUCAAAACACAAGCUCCAUGACAACGGGGCGAGAGGAAGUGUUAGUGAGGCUUACUGGGGCAAGGUUAACAGAGACAAGAAAGCAAAGGGAUCGCUUGUGAAGUUACGAUUUUGAAGGUCACACGUCGGAGCUGCACCCUGUAAGCGGCGCACGCCGGAAAAAACGAAAUGCAUCUAUCCGAGUCGCGGUCGAAGGAGACAGAAGUGCUCCUUUGUUUCGCCCUCUUUAGCCGUGAGGGUUCAGGUCUCUCCACUGGGGAGGCAGAGCGCCGUGUGGACAAAAAAAAAUAAUAAUUACAAAAGAUGGAGUGGAAUGUUUACAACAACAUUAAGCUUGUUUACUCCAGGAGGUUCUCAUAAGGCGGUGAUGCUCGUCUAGUACACCGUUUAGAUGAAGGUUCUCCACACACGCUGUAAAUAAUUUAAAAACCAGUAUACUUGUUUGUGUAUAUAUAGAAUGUAGUGUACUGUACAGAAAACCCACUUAAUGAGAAAAAGAAAAGGGGGAGUCGGUUUUUUUAAAUGCACACACAAGCUGGAAAGCCCCACAUUUCCAUCAAUUAACAAUGUGCAGACGGCCUGGAUUUUAAUGGCAACAUACUAAAGUCUUACCUGACCAAACAAAUAAUUUCAAUAAGCUGGUGAAAUGUAAAUUCACGAAGAGCCAUAACUCUCCGGCAUCCUCUCAGAUGUGUCACAGGUUUUCAUGGAAACCAUGGCACAGUUCUGACAUUGACAUUCGCAUGCAUAACCGACUACAGCCAAGACUACACCACACUGACGCUUCAAAGUGGCUCCAUUCAAUGCCUUGAGGAGAAACUUUGAAUUAAAUAUAAAUCUAGUAUUCAAGCUUUCAGCUGUACAAAGCUGCACUUUAUUUUAGUGUAAAACGUGCUGUGUUUUAGUGGGCAAUGUAAGAAGGGAAAACUAUGAGCCGUCUGAAUUCUUCAGCAGACUGAUAUACAUUGUCCUCUGUUUACAUGGAGAGUGCACACACUGUUUAACGAACCCACAAACUAAGGUCUAUCUAACGUUCUCCAGACUUUGUUUACAGUCUGUGUUUACAGUGAGAAAACGGUCAUUGAAGUCACAGUACCACCGCCUGGAAGGCGAUGGGGAAACCCCUUCACAAAACACUGGCCUCCAGGGCCUGUAGUGUCCCUCAGUGUUUCAUGGCCCAGUCAAGUCACAUGCUCCCGAUGGCCGCUGAGUAGAAGUAAAACAUUCAAUUCAAAUUCAACACCGACAUUUCAGGGUAUUUAGCUUGUUAACAUAAACUUGAGAAGUCAGUGGGUGAAUUAAACGUUUAAAAGAGUGGCUGCGAAUGUAGCUGGACGCUAAUGAAGUGGUUAGCUGUUAGCUUAGACUAGAAGCAUCGAGAACCGCCAUCCUUCUUCUACACAAGAAAGAUCCAUUCGCAUUUGCAGUCGAUGUUCAUUUACAAGUCACCAUACAUUUCCAUCGUUUUCACACACAAACAAUAAUCGAUAUACAAUAUUAUCGGAAGUAGUCGAUUCGCUUUCCCUUUCACUAAUUUUACUGUAAAACUUUCUAAAGCAGACUUUGUAUAUUUUACAUGCAGAUACAGCCAAGGCAGAUUUUUUGUACUUCUAAAAAACAUUUAGAGUAGUAUCAAUCUAUACACUGGGUAAUGUAGAUUACAUUACAUUCGAUUUUGAUACAUUUUCCAGAGCGAGAAAAUUUCCCUCUAAGCCGCUGAAACAAUGUAGUGUAACACUUGCGAACAUUAAGUUACCAAUCUACUCCACCCUAUUGCAUUUCUCUCCUUGUCACUCAUGCUAUUUUUUUAGACAUGUGUAUUCACGAGAAGAGGGUGUAUGUAGGAGGAAGCUGUGCCGCAGGGCUUUGAGGUGGACAGCUUUAAAGUUAAGGGUGGUUUCCAUGUGCAAUACGGAAAACAGUUGCGCGCUCUAGUUCGCUUUUUAGGACAAGAGGUUCAGUUUACACACUUUUUUCUGCGCCUGUUGAUGCUGUAUCAAUCCGCCAAUGCCCAUUUCUUCCGUUUGGUUUUCUCAAAGGAUAAUUUUCUUUUUUUGUUGAGUGUAUAGCAUGUUUACAUGAGCAGUGUAGAAGAUUGCCAGGGCGACGGUCAGUCAGUCUCCGGUCGUCAUGAGCUAAAGAAUAACCCACUGUAGUUGUUAAUGUUGGUCGGGGAGGUUGUGACAGUAGCCUAACUGUAUUCUCACUGGACCACCCGAAGGGACCAAGAGUACACACAUCUCACACAAACACACGCGCGGAUGUUGUGUAAUCUGUGACUCGGUGAUGACGUCAGAGUGUGUACCCAGCAUCGUCCCAGCAGGUGUGGCUCCGCCCCCUAAAACGGCACACUGUCUGGACUCCAUGUUUUCCAUGAACUUCUCGGCCCCUUGCUGUUCUGUAGCUAGAUGUGAUGCCUCCCCAUCUAGGAUCUCCUCCUCCCCCCAGUGUGUGUCAGUGUUUGCCUCCCCCAUCCGUGUUCUUCUGCAAGAUGCAUGUUGAAACCCCCCCGCCCUUCGUGUGUGUUAGUAGCAUGGUCUACUGUGAUGGACGCCCGCUGUAGGCAUUCGGUUUACCCGCGGGGUUAAUGCCCCACAGUGUGCAUCCCAAACACCAGAGGCUCUGUGAGAUUGAAAAGAGCAGGUGGCUCCAUUCAGAUUUGUUGGCUAAUGGAGUCAGUGUCAGCUGCUCUUUAGACACGUAACCUCUGCUCUGUUGGGUCAUGCCAUGUUUGCAACGGGUUAAAUUCCCGGCUCAUCUGUUUUUGUUUGUUGGUGUAAAUUAUUUCUAUGUCUGUGUUAGUGUCCCCUUCUUAUUCUUCUCCUCCUUCUUCUUCUUCCUUCCCUUUGUCCUACUUUGUCUUCUCCUGCUCCUUUGUCUUCUUCUCUUCCUCGUCCUUCUUUCUCGCCUCCUUUGUCUCCCCCUGCCCUGUUGUCUUCUUCUUCUUCUUCUUCUUCUCCUCCUUGUCCUUACUUGCCUCCUUCGUCUUCCCCUGCUCUGUUUUCUUCUCUCUCCUCCUUUUUUGUCUCCCAUUCACUCCCUCCCAGGUCUUGCUCUUCAAUGUGUCCCCCUGUGCAGUUCUUUCUUGUGAUGAUGAAAAUGUCUCUCUCUGCCUGAACCUUUUGUAGGGAAAUAACAACUAAGUUACUACAAUGUCAUGUGAUAGACCUCAACAUAUAUUCAAUACUGUAAUAAAUGUAUGAACUUAAAGAUCAAAUUUAAGGGUUUUUUUUUAUGAAAUGCUGAAAAACUAUUUUGAAAAAAAAAAGUUGACAACUUGUUUUUUAGAACAUGGCAUGAGAUGUAAUGUGUUACUGAAAGAAAAUUAAGGUCUUAAGUUAAAUGAAAUUGAACUUAUUUGAAUAUAGUUUAUUUAUUUUCAAGGCG